AUGCAUCACCAAAAAAUUUUCAGGCUUAAUUGCUUUAGGAUAUGUGAUGAUCGAGAAAUGAGUUUAUUUGGCCAAUUUCUUUAUAAAUCAUCCCCUCUUGUCUUAACUAAAUAAAUUAAACUUUUAUUAAACAGACAUCUAUAAAAGAUUGAAAGGUAAUUUAAUUGCUUAAUGAAGUUAAAAUUAAAUGAAUUUAUGGAAAUUCAUAACAGUUUCAGCAGAUUCUCUUUUGAAUUCAUAAUCAAAAAAGAUUCAAAUUAAUAAAAAUAUAUACCUGCUCAUAAGUGGAGAGAUACACUGGAUCAAACGUAAUAGAAAAUGAGUCCAGCACUCUAAAUACCGAAGCAGUUUCUUGCCCUUAUCACUAUUUCUUCUCCUUACUUUGGUUAGAAGGGGAUUUCCCUUAUCACAUUAGAACUUGAUGCCCUUAAGAAAGAAUCACUUAUGGCCAUAAAGGCCUUCACCGCAAUCUACCGCAAAAAGAUAAAAAAAUAAUUCUAUAAUAUUUGA